GAUCAUUCUCUAACCCUUGGAAAGCAGCCGAACUCCCUGCCUUCCUAUUACACAUCUACUUCUUCAAAUCAAGGGAAAAUUUCAGACUUUGCUGCUGUUCAUCCUUCCUCUUUUAUCCAUGAUUCCCUGCUGAUUUCGUGCACAUCGGUUGAUGUUUUGGGUUCAGUUCUACCCCUGUUUUGGAUGUCCGUGAUUCUUGAAGUUAUAGGGACCUAAGAGAUAGGGCUUCGAUUCAUCUGUUAUACACUCAACCUGGUUCCAACGUUUUGGGGGCGGAAAUUCUGUUGGAAACUCAGCUUUUCCCUUUGAUUCUAUCAACCACGUGAUUAACAUCACUGAUCCUGUUUGCUAGAAAUUCUGGUAAGUAGCAACUGUUUGGAACCUGAUUGCCAAGUCUAGUAACCACACUUGUAAAUCCACUCAUACGUGUACGGUGUCUGUUUUAUGGAUGUGACAUCUUCAGUUGGCUUUGCAUCAAGCGUUGGAAUAUUCGCCACAGGUUCUCUAUCUUUGCAAAUAAAACAAACAAAAGAAUCUUACUAUUUGAGUGCCAUGCUGUGUAAAAUAUCCUCUCUUGCAGCUUUAUAUAUGAGGAAGAAACCAGAACAUGGAGCGGUGUGGUGAGCACAGAGAAGUGAAGUAUUCUUUUCGAAGAAACUAAUAUACUUCCAGCCAACAAUGAAGAUGGAAGUAGAAAUUAUCACCACACAAAACAUAAAGCCAUCUUCCCCAACACCUGAACACCUUAAAAUCUUUAACCUUUCCCUGUUGGACCAGCUUAUUCCUUCCCCUUAUGCUCCACUCAUCUUCUUCUACCCUACUACUACCACCAUCCUUGACAUCCCAAAGAGGGUAGACCUGCUGAAGAAAUCUCUGUCAAACACAUUAACCCACUUCUACCCACUAGCCGGAAAGAUGAGAGAUCAUUUCUCCAUAGACUGCAAUGACAAAGGAGCUUGUUUUAUCCAAGCUCGAGUCAAUUGUCACCUAAAAAGAUUUUCUCACUCAACCUGACCUUGUUUCACUCAACUGUUUCCUUCCUUGUGGAUUCAGUAGGAAGGAAUCUCUCGCAGGAACUCAUGUAAGUAAUUUUCAAGUAAACAUCUUUGAAUGUGGUGGUAUGGCUAUUGGGAUAUGCAUUUCCCAUAAGAUCCUAGACGGUGCCGCUACGAGUACAUUCCUCAAGGCGUGGAGUGCCGCCUCGCGCGGCUGCAGUGAAGUUGUGCAUCCCAACUUCUUUGCUUAUUCUACUGAUCUCUUCAUCCCCGCAAUCAAUUUAGAUCCUUCUCCCGUCAUGUCAACUUCAGGAAAACGUGUCACAAGGAGAU